GCGAUCAUACUUUUUUCCGGGCAAGGGAUCGGUAUUUGGUAAUCUGAAGACGUGCUGUCAGUCCAAAGCACUUUGGCAAAUAUGGGUCAGUUUUCGGCAGCCUUGGCCGUUGCGAGCUUGGUCCUGUUUGCUAGCGUCCUCCACGUCGCACAUGCCACCGGUGUGAACUGUCCCUGCUCCCCUGGGACGAAGCGGUGCACUCCCACGGGUCCUGACGCCAGACACAGUGCCACGUCAGCAGUGCCACAGCACCAGUGCCAUGUCAGCAACAUGACGGGCCUGCCAGGGCAACUGCCCAACGAGUCCCUUGCCGCCUACAAGCAGCGGUUCCAUGCUCAGAUUGAGGCUGAGGAACAAUGCCAGCUGGCAGCCAAGUCUGCCCGCGUACAGGCUGAAGAGGCAGCAGCAGCAGAGCAGCUGCGACUACAGGCCGACGCAGACGCAGAUGCCCAGGCUCGCUGCAAGGAAGCCCAGGAUCUGCUGCAGCGGCAUGAAGCCAACAGCAUCGACAGACUCAAGUUCAGGCACUUUGAACCGAACGGCGACGAGGCAACACCAGGAGAGAAGCACAAGGAGUUCCUCUCCAAACUCGUGACAAGGUUGUUGUACGCUUGCAACUACCAACGGUCAGAGUUGGAGAGACAGUACCAGGACCUGACGCAACAGCAUCAGGAGUUGGCAAAGCUCCGCCGCAUAGCUGUACCAGGACCAGCUGCUGGGGCUUCCAGCAGUGCACCCUCUAGCCGCCAACUGGAGGACCGCGUUGACCACGUAGUGGCAAUGCUCGGCGACAUCAACACUUUCGCUGCCCCGACCACCACAAUCAGCAGUCAGCUGCAUAUAUUGAAGACCGAGGUCCAACAGCUGCAGUCGGCGAACGCGGACGACAAUCCGAAGAUGUACAAGAUGCCAACUUUCAACCUGGAGAGGUUCGACGACUACACGCAGCAGGAUCCGGUCCUCUGGUGGGAAGCAUUCACAACGCAACUCAGGAUUCUGCCCGUAGCCAAGCAUGCGUACAUCGGCGCCCUGUUCCUAAACUCAAAAGGCGGAUGCCAGACCUGGUUGAGCCACCUGGCAACCUCCCAUGGCGUCGACGUACCAGACUUGAAGGACAAAAUCACAUGGGAGGAACUGACACGGCUGUGGAAGAAGCGGUUCAUCGUYGACGACGCGCCGGCACUCGCCAUCAACCGUUUGUUCACCAUGUCACAGGGCAACACUGCAACACGGGAUUGGCUCACAGAGUGGCAGAAGAUUGCGGCAGUGCCCAAUCUGGAUCUGCGUUUCACUCAUCUUAGACGUGAGUCCUACAACAGGUCCUGUGCUGCAUUGAGCCAGGCCCUUGGUGAUCGCGAGCAGUACUCCACUUUCGCCGAGAUUAUCGACAAGCUGCUAUUGGUGCAACAGCACCAAGCACAACACCUCCCUCUGCCAAGAUUAGGGCAAGGAGGAUGUGCGACCCCGCCUCAACUUGGGAAACUUAGCUCCGCGGAAGGUGAGGCGACUCCACCUCCGCCAGAUUCGGCCGCCUUGCUAGCGGCCUCCUGCACAUCUGGGGAGAACGCGAAUGUCGCAAGUUCUCGUUACACUUACGAGGACUAUGCUGUCCACUUGGUUCCACCGCUCGACAAACCGCUCCACGUGCAACAAUCCAUCGAAUGCACGGUUUCAUCACCAUCGACAACUGAUUCGGCAGCUUCGCCGCAAUCUAUCGUUGGGGAUUCGACGUCAUGGUCAAGACUUGAAGAGCUCGACCCGUUGACGUUCACGGACUUCCAGUGGAUGCCCGUUCCCUCGACCGGACGAUUACCGAAACCGCAUUGCAACGUGCUUAUGGCACAAUUGCGGGACUACUUGCACACUGCAGUACCAGCUCCGUUGAUGGACGCCGGAGCAGAGGUUGUCGACCUUCACGCUUACAUCGCGAAGAUCGACCGCGAGUUCAAGACGCAACGGUACGACGACAUCGACGCACCAUUGCUAUACGUACGCAUUCAGAUCGGAGAGGCGACCUGCAGUGCCUUGAUCGAUUGCGGAGCAUCUCGCAACUACAUCAGCCAGGACUCCAUGACGAUCAGGAACGCCGACCUUCUCCCACGCAUCAAUGACCUUCUCGAGCGAUUGGGCGGCGCCCAGUUCUUCUCUAAGCUGGAUCUCAAGUCAGGGUACCACCAACUCCAGGUUCGCAAGGAGGAUCGCUACAAGACUGCGUUCAAGACACGGUAUGGGCAUUUCGAAUCGCUGGUCAUGCCGUUUGGCCUUACGAAUGCCCCAGCCACUUUCCAAGUGGCUAUGACAACGGAGUUCCGACACAUGCUGGAUCGGUUUGUACUCAUCUACCUCGAUGACAUCUUGGUGUAUAGUCGGAGUUUGGACGAGCAUGUGGAACACCUGCGCACCGUUUUGGAGUGGCUACGACAAGCCAAGUACAAAGCAAACCGUGACAAGUGCGAGUUCGCACAGCAGGAGCUGGAGUACUUGGGACGCUAUGUGACGCCGCAAGGCAUCCGUCCGCUUGUGGACAAGAUCGAGGCCCUACGAGUAUGGCCCGAGCCCACCAACACCACAAACGUUCGUUCAUUCAUGGGGUUGGCGGGCUACUAUCAGCGAUUCAUCACCGGAUACUCCAGGAUUGCUGCACCUAUGACGAGGUUACAGUCGCCAAAGGUGUCAUUCGUAUUCGAUGACGACAUACGUCGAUCAUUCCAAACACUUAAGACGGCUAUGCUCAUGGCACCCGUCCUUAGCAUCUAUGACCCCACCUUACCGACGCGAGUAACUACGGAUGCUUCCGGCUAUGGCAUUGGGGCAGUCUUGGAACAGCACGACGGCGACACUGACACCCUGUGGAGCCGGAUCUUCGCCGACCUUCUCCUCCCUCGACCAGCCGAUAUUGACGCUGCCUGCUCUCCCGCUUCCGUCCGAAAGUACAGGGAAUUGCUGACUCAAGCCCGYGCAAAUAUGCAAAAGGCUCAAGUCCGCAUGCAGCAGCAAGSCAACAGGCGUCGCGUACCAUGUCUCAUCCGCGCCGGUGAUCUGGUUUGGGUCUCCGCGGAAGAGUUUGCACUGGAACAUGAUGUUUCAUGCAAACUACUUCCCAAGUGGUUUGGACCUUGGUGUGUGAGAGCAGCCGCGGGCGAUGGGCCCAAUGACCCUUCAUUUGUGAUCAACAUUCCAGAGCCUCUGACGGUCCAUCCGGUCUUCCACGCCUCGAAGCUGGCAACAUACACGCCAGCCAAGAGCGACGACUUUCCGGACCGACGAUCGCAGGACCCUCCUUCUAUGGAUGGCCAUCAGGAAGUUGACCGCGUCAUCUCCGAUCUUAACUACGGCAGCAAGCCGCGGCAGUACAAAGUCACAUUCAAAGCAUGCGAUCGCGACGACACUCGGUGGAUUUCACGCGCAGAUUUUAAAGCAUCCGCACCACUGAUCUACGCACAUUAUGAAAAGCGGAGGUUAGCUUAGGAAGCUUCACGACCAGCCCCUCCCACCCGGACUGUGGUCCCUCCCUCAGACAGACAGCUUCGCCCUCGCAGGUAAGCUCGGUUCUUCAAGGAGGGGGGGGUGUGGCAUACUGCGUAGCCACACGG